AUGCCUCAAGACCCCGAGUCCACGGAGGAAGUCGUGCAAGUAGCCGAGGCCCCAAAGGAAACAACAGACCAGUUGGAAGUUAACAAUGCUCCAGAGUCAACGGUUGUACCCGAAGAGAUCCCAAAGUUGGAGGAGGAAAUCCAACCAAUAGCCGGGGAACCCGUUGUACAGGAGGAGUCUUAUCAAACUGCCUUACUGGAGGCGACGGAGGAGGCCCCAGAGACAGAAAUCACCGAACACCUAUCCAACGAAUCUUUUGGCCUGGACGUGGAGCCAACGGAGCCCACCGAUGAUCUUUCGCCAGAAGAGAAAAAGAAGAAACUCAAAAAGGAGCGUAGGGAGCGUUUGAAGGACUUGGCCAGUAAUCGUUUUACGCUUUUGGAAGUCCAUGAGCCCACAGUUAGUUUCACAGCGUUUUCCCCCGAAGAGAUUGUCGAUAAAGGGGAGGAAGAGGAGGAGAAGCAGGAGGUCCUGGUGAACUUCGAUGAACCCUUCGACGAUGAACUGGAAUCGGAGUCAAUCCAGCCAAGUGAUGACUCAGAAGAAGACAUAUUCACGAAAUUCCGAGCCCGCAAAAUGGUGGACCUCUUUCCCGUGUAUGGCUUCUCAAAUGAAGCCGAUAAUAGAAGUAUUUUCGACAAGGAUCCCAAGUAUGACGAUUCGGAUGAUGCAAUGAGUAUGGCGGCCAUUAGCAUGGCAUCGGUAAGAACGCUGAAGCCGGCAGAUCCCGAUUCCGUCCAGUUGAAGACCAACUUUCUGAGGGAUUUCGAUGUGCCCAGUCUGUCGGACAUAUCGGAGGAGCACGAACUGACCGACCGCCUAUCGGGGGCCAAGUCCACGAUUAGCGUCUACCGGGAUCAGGGCCACUUCGUGGAUCCUGCGGCGAGUCCGAGCUCCAGUUCCAGCUCGGUAUCCGAAUCGCUUGGGGACUUGGACAACGAGCAGCAGGAUGAUGGCGUGGCGCCUGACAGUCAGGACGACUCCUCCGUUAUGUCCGACAUACCCGAAUUCGCGGAACUUCCAGACACCGCUGCUCCCACGCAAAAGUCCGUUACCAUGGACGAAUUUAACGCCCUAACAAAGGUGGGUUUCGUAGAGCUCGAGGAUAAAGAGGAUUCAUCCGUAGCGUAUGCCCGUGCGCUUAAUAGGGUGGUUCACGACUUACUUCGCGAUCUCAUCGAGGAGGCUGCCUACAGGUCGGACUAUCAAAACGAGGAGAGCGUGCUUCGGGCGAAAUUCGACAAGUCAAAGCUCUUAGUCGAGCUGCAAAGAGUCAUCCAUACUUAUAUGAUCGAGAAGUACACCAAUGAUAUGAUGUCCAACCGGCUGGUCGAAUAUUACAAACGCAAUCGCAACACUCGAGUGUUUGUCGUCCUUACGGCGGAUAAUGAAAAACGAUACCAGGCCCGGUACUUUCACGCACUGUCGCUGCUCGACAGUCUGAAGGAACGGUUGGAUGUGGCCAAGCACAAGCACGCCGUCCAGAUGAACAGGGUGAUGCUGGAUCUGCACUCCGCCCAGAGCGUCGCCUCGAUCACGGAGGAGCGACUGGAGCACCUGUUCCACAAGUACCUGGUUCGAUCGGAUUCCGAUUAUCUGCGACGCAUUGUCGAUCGCGAACUCAGGCUUAUGUCCGCCAAACGGAACGAGAUUAGUGACAGCAGACUCUUCCUGAUUACCAGGAAACACACCUUGGCUCACAUAAUGGAUAAAAUCAAAGAACUGGACACAUUAAGUGAAACCGUGAACGUCAGAGACUAUAUAUCCGCGCAAAAUGAAGUGUUGGCUUUGCAGAAGAAAAUUGAAGAACGCAAUUUUGACCUAAAGAGGUUGCGAACGCAAUUCCUCAUGGACGUUCAUCUCACCCGACACAAUCGGGAGAAGGCCCUGGCACUGGGGGAAAAGUUUGAGGUGCGGAAGACCUUGUUGAAGAAUGCCAUCGACAAGCAGCGCGUCCUGCGUAAACGACUCUACGACGUGAAACUAGAGCGCACCAAGAUGCGCCAGCAGUCCAGGGAGCUGACCUUCCAGGGCGGCAUCCUGGCGAUGCCUUCGCUGAUGUACGACUAUGACAAAACCAUGGAGCGACUAAAGGAGAAGCAGGAGUCUGUGGCCAAGCUUAGGGAGACCAUGAAGGCACUUCAACGUCGCGUCGAUUUAGUGGAAGGAAGAAGUCUUUAGAAACCAUCUUUUCCCAUCUGACGAUUCCAAUAAACACUAAGAUUUAUCA